AUGAUUGAUCGAGUAGAUAACGCGCGCUCUACCAUCGCACUCAUCAUGGCUCCUUCGCUUUCAAAGGAUCUACGCGAUAGGGUGGUGCAAUGGCGCAUUCAGAACAACUGGUCAUACCGAAAGCUGGCUGACAUGGCUGGCUGCUCAAUCGGCACAAUCGCCAAUAUUUUGAUGUACCACCGCGUUUAUGGAACCUCAACAAACCCAUACAGAAAGCGUACCGGACGGCCACGAUUGCUGGAUCACGAUGACUGCGCAUACAUCGAUACACUGCUGAACCGGGAUCCCACUAUCUAUCUGGACGAGAUUCAGGAUAAGCUGGUAGAGGAUCGUGAUACAGAUAGAAAAUACCUUGUUCGAGGUGAGUGUAGCUCAGGUAGGAGUCUGGGACUCGAUUAUGGACGAAAGUGA